UAUCAAACCCAGGGAGAAGUUGAAUGAUAGAACCAGAACUGAAACCAUAUACUAUCCGUUUUUACUAUACAAUCACCCCUCACGCAAAAACUGAAGGCGGGAGAGCUUAAAACAAUGUCUCCUGAAAACGAAAACCCUAGGAAAUGGCGGUACACAUGGGAAGCACAAUCUCAACUUCCAAUUCUCAAGCUGUUCAUCUUCUCCGCUGAAAUUAAUCCAAUACUAUACUGCAAUCAUCUUGAUGUCGAAUUGAAGUUCGAACGAUCACUUCUCAUCAUCACUUGGAACCAUGAAAAACUCUCAAAUCAAAUCUCUCUUUUUGUUCCACUACCAAGGGUUUUGGUCGACCUUGAUUCUCCACUUAAUUUUGGAGCUUAUGAAGACCACAUUCAAGUUAAGAUUCCUCUUCUUCUUCCUGUAGAUCAUCCUAUUGUUUCAUCUUUUGUUUCUGAACUUAAUUCUGGUGAUGAAUUUGGUUCCUGUGUUUCGUCUGACGGAUUUCUUGAACCACUUUCUAUGGAUUCCGAUUUUAAAGCUUUGUCUUCCAAAGGAGAUGUGGACUUCUACUGCAGGAAUUGUGCUUUUAAGCUGACUAAGCGCUCUGUUCGCUGUUUGGUGGAUCUGCCUUCUGUUAACUGGACUGAUGUAGCUGAUAACUGGUUUGGUACUUGCUGUUGUUCUUUUGGAGGGAUUAGUGAGAAGCUUGUGACCAGAUAUGUAAAAUCCUAUGGGUGCUCAGAGGGAACAUGCAUGUUGACUACUGCAUCUGUCAUCCUUUGCAAAGUUGAUCUUGCAGGGUUUAGGUUGUCAGAGGCAGAUAUGACUGAAAGUGGUGAUGACAAGGGGUCCAUUGACAUUGCCUGUAAUCAUCGUAAUAUUGACGGGGCUACAAUCUCUGUUGAAAGGCCUGUUUUGCAUGAUGUGUCCCUGAAACUCGGCUCAGAUAAGUUCCCAAUAGAACCUGAUGAAGACCAUAGUGGGAAGCCAUCAUGUUGUUCUCCAAGGGUUGCUCCCGUUACAGUUGCUGAUCCAGCACAUUGCUGUCGUGCACAUGAUGCAUCUGAGUCUUCUCCGAAGGGUCAACCUUUAAAUGAGCCUGUUUCUCUACAAGCCGACCAAAAGUCAUUCUUAAACUGUUAUCUUGGAAAUUCAUUUAUAUUCCGAUCAGAUGGCCUUUCAAAAGAAAUUGAAUGGAUUGAUUUCACAUGUCCUCAGUGCUCGUGGACUCUUGGUGCAUACCCGUGCUGUGAAGGUUCUGAACCAUUAGAUGGUGGCAUUCGACUACUUAAAUGUUAUAUCUCAAUUUCUCCUUCAUCCGUGUCAUUAGAUAACUUGUUCAGCAAAUACACAUUGGAGAGAAUGUUGACUUGUCAACUCCUGGAGAAUGCUAAAGAUGAGUUGUCCUUCCGCACUGUGGUUAAGGAUCUGAAAACAAGAUCUUCAAUGUUGCAUAUUGUUCUGCUAAAUCCUAAUUCUUGGUGCUGUACUGGUUAUUGCUCUGAAGGUAUUAUUGAACCAAUUGUCAAGAUCAACCUGCGCCCUGUUAUUAAGGUGCUUUUUUCACAUUGUUUUUACAAUCUUGACUCUAAGCCCAGAACUCAAAACACAAAGGCUCCACAAACCGACUACCAACAACACAGGCUAAGCCACAACCACAGCACACAAUCUACUUUGGAAGCAGCAAAGCAAUAUGAUCAUCACCACAUCUAGCAGCUAUAUUAUACACAACUGAUUUAGCUAUCUUUGUAGAGUAACUAUUACUACGAAAGAUACAAAAGUUCCUAAAACACCAUAAGACAUAUAUCAAUUCUGUCCUGACCAUAACUAUAAUCCUAGCCUUACUAGACUUCCUUCGCUUACUAAGCUUGUUCAUCAUGUCAAUCUCUUGCUGCAAACUAUUUGCAUUCCAACUGAGCUGAAUAUUAUCCAUGAGUUCCUGAUCUGCAACAAUAGGGCAGCUGUAGAGAAUAUGAUCACACGUUUCGUCAGCACUCUUACACAAAGUACACAUCUGCUCAAUGUUUAUACCCCAUCUAUUCAGUUUAUCCCCAGUGGGAUGUCUACCUUGAAUACCCAUCCAAAUACAGAAGAUGCUACGAGGAGAAGCCCCAUUUCUACGAAUCAAUUUGUUAUACAAAAAGGGGGUUUGAGGCCCUAACAAGUGGAAAUAAGCCUUCUUUAUACUAAAACUGUUACUUCAACACAACAUCUGCCAAUCCUUCAUUCCCAUGAACUUACCUCUGUAUUGAACGAUCUUGGAGAGCAUCCACAAUAUAGUGGUUCGGAAGUUCAUGGACCAAAGAUCAUCUUCCUUGAUAUAAUGAUUAUGAAUCUAGAGGAUCCUCAACCUAUCUUGCAGAGAAGCAAUAGCCCACAGCUGUUUUAAAAGAGAAGCCAAAUUCCACAUGUUAUAAUAUCAUGGGCUUUAUGUUUAAUUAAUUUGGAUGGAUUAUGGUGGAGCUGUUAGGGUGGUGCUCUUGGAGGGAGAGAGAAAAUAAAUGACAAGUUAGAGAUGCUCUUGGGUGGAAGUAGGAUGGUGGUGGAGGUGUUGAGGUGGUGCUCUUGGAUAGGGAGAGAAAAUAAAUGCAAAUUUGGGGUGGUUCUCUUUGGUGUAGAGAAAAUAAAAUAACAACUUUGGGGUGGAAGAAGGAUGGUGGUAGAGGUGUUGGGGUGGAGGGUGGUGAAAUGUUGGAGAUUGGGAAAGGGGUGAUUAAUUAGGGUUUGUGAGUGAUUAAUUUAGAUUUUAGUGAAAGUUAAAGUUAAUUUGGUCCGGUUAAAGGUCAUGUAGCAGGUCAUCCGGUAAGUUGGUCUGAAUUAACAAAGUUUUGUAAGAUGAUGGUUGUAAUUCGCAAAAAAAAAAAGAAAAACUUUACGGUUGUAAUUCGCUUCAUUUCCAAAACUUUAAGGGGUAUAGUUUGUAAAUUAUUAUUAUUAUUAUUAUUAUUAUUAUUAUUA